GAGGUAAGCCAGUGUGUGUCCUGUUCAGUUCAGUGUAACACAGGAAAUGAAGACUGUCUUCUAGAAAGUUCAGCAGCACCAGCAGCAGAGAGACGAACAGAGCUGGUGAAGAGCUGACAACUCCGACAUGACGGGCAGAAAAAACCUGAUGAGAGUUCUGCUGCUCGCCAGUCUGCUUCUCCCAGGUGUGAGGUGCAAGGAGGCAGUGUUUGUGUACAGCAGACUGGGAGGCGAUGCUCUGCUGCCGUGUGUCAACCAGGUUUCCUCAGACUGCUCUCAGAUCAGCUGGACCUUCUACAAGGGCGGCCUGGUGCGCUACACCGAGGAGGUCAGCGGGGGGCGGGUGAGUGCGGACUCAGACAAGGCCGGCCGCAUGUCCAUCGAACCCAACUGCUCUCUCAGCCUCCGCGGCCUCAUCGUGGAAGACGCCGGCUCCUACGUCUGCCAGCAGCACGGAAAAGCCAUCGCUGAUGUUUACCUGUCUCUCCUCACCAUCACCUCCGUCUCCACCAUCACCGACCUGCAGCCCGGAGGAAACCUCACCCUGAGCUGCAUCCUCUUCACCUACUAUGACGUUGGGAGCUGCAAGUCAUACUCCAGCACGUUCAACCUCAGCUGGGUGGCUGAGGACGGUACCAUGCUGCCCAAAGACACCAGGUCCGAGCAGAUUAUCCUCACUCGGUGCAAGAUCAUGCUGGCCAUUAAACUCCGGAGGGAAGACAACAACAGGAAGUGGAGGUGUCAGGUGAACACCGGAGAAAACAGCAGGGCUGCAUUUCUGGACUUCACUUCCACCUUUCUGUUCCAAGAUCCUCCCACCGCCCUGAAUGUGAUUCCUUCACCCACCAUAGAUUCUUCCUUCCAGCUGCCCAGUGCCAUCAGCCGCAUCGUGCUCUGUGUGUCUCUGCCCGUCAUGGUGUUCAUAGUGGGCUUCUUCACAUGGAGAGGAGACCGCAAGAGGGCAAAAACAUCUGCAGCUUGCAUCGAGCUUCAGGAAAUUAACUGAUUUGUUGAUCACCGUGUCUGUUCUUGUGUUUUUUUUUUUUCCUUCAUAUUUGGAUUUCCUCCUCUGUGUCCCCCCUUUUGGGACAAUGUGUCUGACUCCAAAUAAAAGACCUAUAUACCCCCGCGCAUUCGUUAAAUUGGAAUUACAAUGAUCCUGAGCAAGAGCCAAAUAAGACGAUAAGAUAAAGUCAAAUACAUUUGUUUAAUCAGUGAAGCAUCGGAGUUUCAAUACACAGAUCUGUGGGAUGACGAGGCACGCAGAGACUAAGUUUCCCUAGCAACAGACAAAAAGCCAGAGCCCGGUCCACGUAUCUCUAGACUGUCAGACCUCGUGAGCCCAGAUCUAUUCUUCCCCUCAUCUCUUAAACUUUCUUUCUUGGGCCCCCUCUUCUUCUUCCUCGCCGGGAUCUUCACACAACAUCUGCCAGGGUGGGGGCCGCUGUAUUAUCAGUCCCUCCAGAAAAACGCGAUU